AUGGAGGAUGAGCGGCCAUUUACAGUUGAGAUUCCAAUUCGACCUCGGGAGCCGCGUCAUCGCGACUCGACCAUUGCCACGCAGGCCAAGAUCGAAGAGGUCAUUCACUCGCCCUUCGAACACCACUUCCGCUUAUCGCAACCGCAACAUCAACAGACAAAAUGUCCCGAGGGCCUGAAAAUCAUCUCGAGCACAUUCGCCAAGACGUUUCGCGAUCGGUCGCCAACUUCUUCGACAAUGAGCUCGACCCAUGUCCCGGACUCUGCGACAACCUGCUCUAUGCCCAUGUCUCCCACCUCUUCUACAUUCACGAGGGCCACCACGCCUGACAUCGACGGGCCGGAGCGCUUGCCUACCCCCUUUCUCGCAUCCAAAUCCGGCACGAACGGUCAUAGGUACCGGGAGUCUUGCGAUUCAGGCUCGACCUUUGUGAACUCCAUCCACGAGGAGAGGUUUCCGGCAUAUCCGGAGUCCAUCUGCAUUGGGCACCCGUACAAGGACGAGGACCCAAUGCCGCUCAUGGAUGUCGUCGAGCCGGAGGAUGAUGGGCAGAAUGACAUGCAGCACACAGCGGGGACGCCCAAGCCGCCGACGCCGGAAGAUGAUUUCGAGUCACACCGUGGGCCGGCUGUUCCCCGCCAGCCACUAAACGAACGGAUGAGCUUUGACUCGGGCUCCGAUCGUCUUUCGCGGGCCUGGGAACCCGCGACGCCAACGCCGAUUGACUUCUCCAACGAGGAGGCUGACGCCGUUCUUGAUUAUGUCCUCCAGGUGACGUAUGGCGUCGAGCUCGACGAAGUCAACGUGCCGGCGUCCUUCCUUCGCCAUUUUGUCUUCAAGUUCAUACAGGACAUCGGCAGGUUCGCCUUCACCGGGUUUCCUCUCACGACAACGCAGUUAACACACACGACAUCAACCUCGUCCAAUGGCUCGGUGCCUGCGGCUCGAAGAUCGGGGUCUGGUCAGGGCUCCCAGAACGGGAAACGGAAAAAGGGUGACGCAAGCCGCCUGGAAGGGGAUGAUGACGGCGACGACUUGACCGACGACGACGGCGACUCCAGCGUGCCCUUCAAACGAGCGAGGCCAACCCCUAGGGAAGUAGAAGAGAACCUGCGCCUUAGCUGUCCCUUUCGGAAGAGGAACCCGCAUCGGUUCAACGUCAGAGAGCACCACUCCUGCGCCAUGACCUACUUCCCAAAGUUCGCCGAGUUGAGGCAACACAUUGUCAAGCAGCACAAGCGCAACGAUCCCUCGUCUUUCAUGUGUGACCGCUGCAACCGAGACUUCCCGAGCAAGAAGGACCUCAGAGACCACCAACGUCUACCCAAAGAGCAGAUGUGCGACGUCUCCGAUCAUGACCCCGAGUCAGGGAUCGAUGGGCCCACGAUGACGAAGCUGCUGAGCAGAAAGCGAGCAAGUGGCAUGACCCCCGAAGUGCAGUGGAAGGAGAUUUGGAACCUGUUGUUCCCUGACGAUGAUGACUACAAGGUCCAGCAUUUCGACUUCUGUCCCGUCAUCGAGCACUUUGAGCUGCAAGCCCAGUUUAUGAACAGCCUCAAAGACGUCGAAGACAGCCUCCGGAACAAGGGCAUGACCCAACAGGCACUGGAAACAAUUGGCAAUAUCUAUCGUAACCAGUUCAUCCAGGUCAUCGAGCAGUGCAUCACCAAUGCCCAAAUGAUGCCCUACUCCAAUAGAAGUAACCGGAAGAACGAGCCAUCUCCCUCCCGCUUCUUGGCUCCACGUCACUUGACCCGCACUGUCCCCCGUCCGGACUCGGGCGUGGAUGUCGACGAGGGCUCCGAGGAUAGCCAGUCUGUCACCGUCUUUCCCGGGGGCGUCUUUGACGGACAGGGAUUAUUGGGCCACUCGGACAGCGUGAAAACCGUCAGGCGGGUAUCUUCUACCUCGUCGGAGUCCAGGAGCUCGGUGCCGCCGAGGCCGCUACAGCCUCUUAUGGAGCAACAGCCUGCCUCUGGAUUUGGUCUCGCAGGCUCUCCUUCUCCGCAGCAGAGGCUGUCGCCCUUUCUUCAGCAGCAGCAGCAUCAGCAGCAGCAGAUGCCACAACAGCCCACGGUAUUCGAUCAGCAGGCUGAUUUUAUGCCGAUGGUGGGUGGCAUGACGCCAGACAUGGCAACACAACUCUGGGCCUACAGCGAAGGCAAUGCCGAGACAGGAACAUCACCGGGCGGGAUAGGCAUGUAUGCGCCAACAUUGGCUUCCAACGGGCAGAGCCAGCUCCUGGAAUGGAACUCGGGACUGCAGAACUCUAAUGGGAUUUACGACUUUUCAGGAUAUAUGCCUCGUUGA